CCGGGCGCAGAGGGGUGCAUGGCAGGAGCGACGGAGCCGCGGCGGCCCCGGGCAGCAGCAGCAGCAGCCGCAGCCGAGCCGCGCUCUGCUCCGCGGCAGCGCCCGAAGCAACUUUGUCGCUCCGCGGGGUGCGGGAGCGGGGCGAUGUGACCGCGCACCCGCCGCCCCGCAGCCGCCCCGGCGGCGGAGCCUCCCCGGCAGCGCGGAGCGGAGCAGAAGAUCCUCCCCGGCGGCGCGGAGCGGAGCGGAGCAGAAGAACCUCCCCGGCGGAGCGGAGCUCCCCCCGCCCGCCUCUCUCCCCGGCGGCGCCCGCAGCUCGGGGCGGGAGCGCGGAUGCGGCGCGGAGCCCGGCGGCCCGGCGGAGCCCAGCGCGGGGCCGGGCCCUGCCGGGGCGGGCGGUCGGAGGCGCGGGGCGCGGGGGGAUGCUGAGCCCCGCAGCCCGGCACCGCGCCCGCCGCCGGGAGAUGCUCCUCGUGGUCGCCCUGUGGCUGGCGUGGCAAGAAGCGCCCGCGGCGCCGACCCCCGCGGCGGACGACAUCACCCGGGGAGUUGACUGGCUGACAAAAUUUGGGUAUCUGCCUCCUCCGGAUCCUGUCACAGGACAACUGCAGACGCAGGAGGAGCUCACCAAGGCCAUCACUGCCAUGCAGCGGUUUGGGGGGCUCGAGGCGACGGGGGUCCUAGAUGAAGCCACGCUGGAGCUGAUGAAGACGCCUCGCUGCUCUCUGCCUGACCUCACCACCACGGAGACCAGGAGGAAGCGAUUCGUGCAGGCUGUCACCAAGUGGAGCAAAAGGAACUUGUCUUGGAGAGUUCGCACCUUUCCAAAAGAGUCCCACCUGGGCCACGACACAGUCCGAGCCCUGAUGUACUACGCCCUGAAGGUCUGGAGCGACAUUACGCCUCUGAAUUUCCAUGAAGUGGCAGGUAACAACGCCGACAUCCAGAUAGACUUCUCCAAGGCAGAUCACAAUGAUGGCUAUCCCUUUGAUGGACCUGGUGGGACAGUGGCACAUGCUUUCUUCCCUGGAGACCAUCACACUGCAGGAGACACCCAUUUUGACGAUGAUGAGUAUUGGACCUUCCGAUCAUCAGAUGCUCAUGGGAUGGACCUAUUUGCUGUAGCUGUCCAUGAGUUUGGCCAUGCCAUUGGCUUGACCCACAUCUCUGCCAUAGAGUCUAUCAUGAGACCCUACUACCAAGGUCCAGUGGGGGAUCCUCUGAAGUAUGACCUACCUUAUGAGGACAAAGUCCGAAUCUGGCAACUCUAUGGCGUCAGGGAAUCUGUGUCCCCCACAGCCAAGCCUGAAGUAAGCAAAACCGAUGACCAUCCUAUCCUGCCAGAGCUGCCAGAGAACCGAUCCACUGUCCCGCUCAGGCGGGACGUGCCCAACAGAUGCAACACUCACUUUGAUGCAGUGGCCCAGAUCAGGGGAGAGGCUUUCUUCUUCAAAGGCAAGUACUUCUGGAGACUGACUCGCAAUAAGCACUUGGUCUCCCUCCAGCCGGCUCAGAUCCACCGUUUCUGGCGGGGCUUGCCGCUCAACCUGGACAACCUGGACGCGGUCUAUGAGAGAACCAGCGACCACAAGAUCGUCUUCUUCAAAGGAGACAGAUACUGGGUCUUCAAAGACAAUAACGUGGAGGAAGGAUACCCACGGCCAAUCUCGGACUUUGGUCUGCCACCGGGAGGAAUCGACGCCGCUUUCUCCUGGGCCCACAAUGACAAGACUUAUUUCUUUAAGGACAAUCUCUACUGGCGCUACGAUGACCACGAGCGGAGGAUGGAUCCCGGGUACCCUUCAGAGACCAUCCUGUGGAAGGGAAUACCGAGCCCUUUAGAUGAUGCCAUGAGGUGGUCAGAUGGUGCGAGUUACUUCUUCAGGGGCAAGGAGUACUGGAAAGUGCUGGACAGUGACCUGGAGGCUCAGCCUGGUUAUCCCCAGUCCAUCGCCAGAGACUGGCUGGUGUGCAGCGACAUGCAGUCCGACUCCCCAGAAGCAGCCGGGAGCAGCAGGACCGGGGCACGCUCCAAACCAGGGCAGCAUGACGAGAGCCGCUCAGAAAACGGAUACGAGGUCUGCUCCUGCACCUCGGCCUCCCCAUCCCUCCGGGCUUGCCCUGUGCUCAGACUGUCAGCCAGCCUGGUGCUGACGAGCGUGUGGACAGCAGCACUGAUGUGUGCAGCCCUAUGACAUCUCAUCCUAUAGAUAAGACAACGCCAUGGUGCUCCAGGGAGUGGAGGUGGAUACAAUCCCGUGAUGCGAACUGUUGCAAGCAGAAAAAUAUUCCUAGGAACAUGCCGGUGAAGGGUUUGAAUUCUCCAUGAGAAAUGAACAGUGGUUUUUGUUUUCUUUUUAAUUUUAGUUUAAAGGUCUAAUAACAGAUUUUGAGUUCUGCACCUUCUUAUUCCCCCAUCCGGUUAAAGAUGAGAGCAGCCUAACGUUGAAUUUAAAAAUGUUCCAUAGAGAAGUGUUGCUUUGGAUGUUUAAACACGGCAAACGGGGAAGGGGAGAGCUACUGCGGUUGAAUGGGAACGGAAGAGAUGCUGCUGAGAGAGCUGGCAACGUCCUGGAGGAAAGGCAGCAAGGCUGUAGGCAAGAGGCGGUAGUUAUAUGCUGACACAAUGUACGCAUCCUAUUGGAUGUACUAGGUAGAAAGAAACUUUGACUCCACUAAGAUUAACUGCAAGGUGAUCAUUUUACUGUCAAACCUGCUGUGGUCACUGAUGUCUCGGUAACCUGUAUCAGUUUCUACGGGUCAGAAACACCUUUGCCUUUCAGAAGGCAGUGCAGCUUAUCUUUGUAUCCGAGUCAUUUGAAUUUAACAAUUUCUCUAAUAAACCUUGGCUGCCUACACAGAGAUCUCCCGGUGCUCUGCCAGACCAAGCCUGCCACCUGCAGUGAGGUGCUGACUGCUCAGGCUCCGGGAGCAGCCUCCCCUCUCUUCAAGGAGCACCCCUGUUACACCCACCGCCUCAGCCCAAUCCAUGCACGUGAACUCCUGCUCUUGGGGUUCCUGUUUCAGGUUGGUUUAUAUUUCGGGAGGGAUCAAGAUGUAUCGCAUUCAUUUGUGACGCUGUCAUACCUGGCUGCGCUGCAGAGGAUGGGCUGGAGGGAGGAGGGAUGCUGCACAGUCAGCCUCAGACUCUUCUUGAUGCCCCUGCCAGGAGUUUGGAGCAACAGAAGCAAGGUCAAGUGCUGCAUUAGGAUGUACCUGGGUUUUUUUUUUUCUCCCUGCUGAUCCAUUUUCUGUGGUGUAAUUUGGGCAUUUGAGAGUCCUUGAAAGCGGUGAGUGAGAACCUGUGCUAGGAACCACGACAGAGAUGUCGGGAAGGCCAGGGUCCUCCAGACUGAUGUUGUCAAGGGCUGUUAAAGGAGGGAAGUGGGAAGCAGCUGCAAGGACACGCUGUUUCUCUCUGCCCUGUUUCUGUAAAGCUCCUACAGAAACGCCUCUUGCUGCCUCUGCCAGGGCCAGCUCCUGGGGGAGACCCAGCAGCAGGCAGGAAGCCGCAGGCAGCGUCCUUGUGGGACCCAAGGCUGCUCCACGGCCCCGGUGCCAGCCAGGGUGUUUGCCAUGGGCCUGGGCGCAACACAAAGCCCUCCGUGGCGAAGCAGGAAAAACAGAAGAAACACACACUUGCCUCCUGAUAGAAAAAAGGGGUCACCUUGAGCUUCCCUCUCUGCUGUUUACAUUUUUAAAUAGUCCCAAUCAUUCACAGGGUGCAGCUA